AAGAAAAUUAGUGCAAAUAAAAGCAAAAGGAAAUGGCCUUUGUGCCCUUGGGCGAAUAUGAAGUGGACGCUUUCAUUAGGCCCGAUGUCCAAGUCUUGCGUGAUUGACUCUAACUCUGGCAGAUAUAUUUCCUGAAAGAUUAAGUUUACCUCAAACAAGAAUUUGAAUGGCGUUUCAAGAAAACAGAGCGAACCAAGUCGUGUGCACAGGGAUCUCCCAGAUUGUUUUGGGAUUUUGUGUCUUCGCCUUGAGUUUUGUUCUGAGCAACAGGAGCGAUGACCUUGGGAAGAUUUUUGAAACCGGUGUUACUUAUUGGGGAGCUGUUCCCGUAAGUAUCGUAGAGACGCAAGCAGCUUUAGACGAAGAGCUUGAACAUAAAUUUCCCCCUAUCUAUUGUAAAAAAUUUUUUUUCAAGCCAGAUAAAUUUCGCUUAGAAGCAAGAAGAAAUCACAUAAAGUAACACAAAGUUCAUUUCUAUGCCUGGAUUUUCUCACAAAAUGAGCAACGACUUUUUUGUUAAUAUAUAGAAACGUUUAAACUAGGUCUAUUCUUGUUAACAACAACAGCUGCACAGUAAUAUUUAUACUGGAGAAAAAAUAUUUCUCAUUCGAACAACAAACACGAAUUUUACUUUAUUUUAAUUUUUCCAUUAAUACUCUGCAAAGCUAAAAUUUUUCUCCUGAUAACUUCUACAAAGAAAUUCAGUUUUAGUUUGCUACUUUUGGAAAAGCUUUUCAGAGCCGAAGGAAAACUAACGCUCACAUCGUUUCAUCUUUUCAUUUGGGAUCAUCACACCUCUGUUUGCUUAGCAGCAUUUUGAGUCAAAUUUUUACCUCGUAAAUUUGAUUCUCACUCGAAAAACAGAAAAAUUGAUUAGUUCUUGAUAGACUGGUGUUUUAAUUUAGUCAGAAACGUAUAGUACUACGCUGAAAAUCUCACUGAAUCGUCGAUAAAUUUUCGUCAGUGUAACUCUUUCAAAUUACGUCCAUUAAUUUUUAAACAUCUCAUCAGAAUUAAAUGUCAUCUUUUUCCAACCCACAAAAGGUUAUUUUAAUGCUCCAUACGCUAAUUAUGUAGCUCGUGCUUUUUUAAUCAAUCGAUCUCUUUAAAAAGAAAAAUUAUCGUUCAAAAAUCAUACCAUAAGCUUCCUGCAUUCACCUACAGUGAUUGAACGAAAUUUCUACUGUUGAUUUUGUCAAAACGUGCAAUUCCUGAAUGUCAGUAUAAAUCGUAAGUUUCUUUUAAUUACAUAGAUCAUUUAAAUUUUUGAUAGAAAUUUUUGCAACUUCGACUUGGUUCAUUUAUUGACAACUUGUUAACAGUUUUCACCGUAAAAUUUAAAUUGUCCUGUAUUUUGCCGUGCAAGUGGACCGCUGUUAGCUUAAAAUCCAUCAGAGAUAGUGAUAACUUUCCUGAUAAAAUUUAAACGAGAAAAGAAAGUAAAACUCUGCGGGUUGUUCACAAAGAAAUAUUUUCUUUCUGGCAAAAAUAUCGGAUUGAAAGCACGACGUGAAAGAUCGAAAAGACAAAUACAGCUUUGAGAAAACACAUUAGCGUGUGUGAGUGGAUAAUGGAUCGACUACUGAAUAAAUUACUGUUUCUUACUUUUGUUUCCUAGUUAUUAAUCAAUCAAUCAAUCAUUUUCGCGCUGAGAAGGGAAAGUCGACCGACUCCCUUAAUUUUCAUAGACUGUAUGAAAAUAGAAAGGUAAUCAAUCGGUGAUGUCCAUGACAAAUUGCUUUGCUGAUUGAGCCUUUUGGUCUCUUACAAAUCUUGUGCCGCACAACAAAAGAUCAUGCAAAAAAAACUAAAAUAAUCGCAGGUUUGCCGUAAAAUCCCUUUUCUUUACCAAGAAAAAGGCCAAACGGGCCGAUGGGACGUGCAAUACUGAGUACUGAACAGUUCGAAUAAUUUCAGAUCGUCGUCGCUGGAAGUUUUGGAAUAUUCGGGGGAAUAAGUGGCAAAUUCAUCGCGGUAAGUUUUUGACGUUUUUCUACGUUUUAACACUUGAUUGAGGCUUUCUCGUGAUAACCGUGUCUACGAAAGUUUCUUCACACAACUCGAUACUAUUUCUAUUAUAUAUUUACAAUCAACCGGUAAUAUUCGUCAAAAUUCACUCACUGAGAACGUAUUUCUUGACAUUUCUGUUAUCAGACAGGUGUUUUUUUCGCUGCUAGUGUCAUUUCGUGUAUCCUCGGAGCAAUCAUUGCCGCGUGCGUGGGAAUCACGCUGACUGCGCGGAGAUCAGCGGGUGAAUGUGAGCACGGUGAGCUUUAUCCGCAUGAUAAUGCCUUGAGACUCUUAGGUUGUUUCUCGAGACGUGAAAGAAACCUAAAAAUAUUCCUUUGGUUCAAUAGAAAAACACUGAGGAGGACACUGAUGAUAAACCUAAAUUAAAAGGGAAUAAAAUCCAGAUAGGAAGCCAGAUCGUUGCGGACUUGAAAAUGAUUUUCCACCAGGAUUCUGCGCCCCAUUCUCUCGAUCCGCUAAACAGAAAUACAACUUGUAAAUAAGUUUUAGAAUUUGUGGCAGUCUGAUCACACGAUCACCUUGGCUCUUAACACUUGAAAACUCAGUUACUGACAACCCUUAUAAUGGAUGAAUUUGUUUCUCAUACGAACAGUACAAUGCCCGUAUGACACAGAAUCAAUUCUGAUGAUCGCCUUAAUAAGCAUCUUGAUUCUCGAGUCUGCCAUUUCCCUGUCAGGCGUGAUAGAAUCAUCUCAGCUACUUUGCUGUGCUAUUUCGGUAAGUUGCAGAAUUAAGAGAUUUUCUUUUGCCUUAGAUAAUUUAGCUCUUUAAACAAGCGGUAAAAAUAGCAGACAACAUUGCCAAGUUGAAGGUGAAACGCAUAUCAUGGUUAUAAUGUUAAUUGUAAAUACCGUGGUGCAUUGCACUGUGGGACAAAAGGAACCUUGCAAUGAACUCCGUUUAUUUUGCUGGUUGCACCUGGAUGAGAUGGAAAAUAGCUCCGGCCAAACGAACUCAGUUUUAUCUGUAAGGUCCUUGGUGUAAAACUUAGAGGACUGAACGAUUAACCAUGUCUUACCACUCGAAAAGCUUAUGGCAGGUUUUAUCGAAGAUGUCUGCAUGAUAUAUCGCACGCUUAUUUUAACACCAUAACAUUACCUCUGCUACAGAAUGGCGAUCAACUGGCCAUUGUGUCACUAGGAACUCCGGAGCACGUGGACAGAAAAUCCAGACUCAGUCGUAAACGACAGUCAAGUAACCAAAGCGUUUAUUCUAUAGACUUCGAUGCGAUGGUAGGGAGCUCAAGCAUGUCACCAGUGAAAGACAACGGCUUUGGAAAUGGAAAACAAUUAGGAACUGUGGUGUGAUGCUUUAGAAGCUUGUUGUCUCAGCAAAUUUAAAAACUCUUCAUACUUCAGCACCUCAUCCGCAUAUUAAUUAAGUUUUACUCCAGGUUAUAGAGCAGAAUGUACCAACACGUUGACAGGAUCCGACCCAGUAUGGGGCCCUUCACCAGCCGGGUUGGAAUCAAAGGAUACCUUCGCCUUUUAAUAAGCACCUUGGAGGUACUUGGCUCAUUUGAAAACUGACGAAAAGGCAAGGGAGAGUUCAUUCAAGAAAUAAGGAAGGUACUUUUUAAGGUUUCCCCAGAUCUUGGCUAGAUGUUAUCAUUUUGAGAGUUAUAGGACAGCAUUCGCGCAUAAAGACAACACGAAGCUCAUCCUAAAGUUUUAACAGCGGCACUUUUCAGCUGCUCUUCUUAUUCGUGAUCAGUUUCCCCAAACUUAACCUGUUGACAGACUGAAAGAAGGCUUUAAGUGUGACAUAUGUGUGCAAGAUUGGACGAACGUGGCUGAAUAAACACAAUCAAUAACGCAUGUCCUAUAAUGUCUUAUUGCGUCCAUGAAAACGAGCAGAAAGAGGGGCGCCUAUUCAAGAC